AUGUACCUUCAUGAAAAGAUAGUCAUUAGCUUGAUCGCAUCGUUUUUACAAUAUUUCAAACUCAUCCGAACGCUGCAACUGACGGAAAUCAUCGUGCCGGACGUGGUGGACGUUCGCGAUACACCGACACUGUCCUGCAGCUACGAUAUGGGCACGCACAAGCUCAAUUCGGUCAAGUGGUACAAAGAUGAGCGAGAGUUCUUCAGGUACUCGCCGAUGAUGGAGCAGAACGUGAUGAUAUUCCCGGUGGACGGCGUGACGGUGGUGCGGAAAUCGCCGGUACAUUUCUGCAAUCGCUUCAUGUGCAGCAUCCAGCUGCAGCAGCUUAACAUCAAAUCGAGCGGUUCGUAUCGGUGCGAGAUUUCCGGCGAUGCACCGGAAUUUAAACUCGCCCACGGUGUCGGCAAUAUGAGCGUUGCAGUGCUUCCCCAGUACGAUCCAAUCAUCAACGGGCUGCAGCACAACUACGCUCUGGGUGACUUUGUGGUGGCGAACUGCUCCUCGGACAUGUCCAGUCCACCGGCGCGGCUGUAUUGGUUCAUCAACGAUCGGAUUGUCCCGUCGGAUUAUUUGCAACCGCAGCAAGAGACGACAAUUGAAAACGACGGCUUCAUACUGCGCUACCGGACGCUGGAGAUACGGUUUCACAUCGACGAGGACCGGCUCGGCAAAAUCAAGGGCAAGCUCGCACUCAAGUGUCUGGCCCGGAUCGAAGCCAUACCGCAGGGCACGCGGGAAUCGACACAGGUCAUCUACAUCCCGAUGACGGACGAGCUGAGAAAUCAGAAGCUCAUUAACUGGCGCAGUGCGGCGCCAUCCUUGAAUCACCAUCAUCGGUCUCUCGUUCAGCAGCUGCACUGGCAUGUGACUCUGCUGGCGUUGUCCAUUCUUGUGCUGGCAUCCUUCGCCCUGUAA